AUGGCCUCCCUGUUCAAGGAUCCAAGUAAGAUUUCGGUAUACAGGGAUAGAAGGUUUCCUGGAACACAAGAAGAAUUUGAUGAGACACUGCAAAAUUCUACAACAGUUUAUGUGGGGAACAUGUCUUUUUACACCACAGAGGAGCAAGUUUAUGAGCUAUUCUCUCGAGCAGGAGAGAUUAAAAAGAUAAUAAUGGGUCUGGAUAAGAAUACGAAAACCCCUUGUGGCUUCUGCUUCAUAUUGUACUACUCAAGAGAAGAUGCUGAAGAUUCAGUCAAGUACAUUAGUGGGACAAUUCUUGAUGAUCGUCCUAUUCGUGUUGAUUUUGAUUGGGGGUUUCAAGAAGGCAGGCAAUGGGGCCGUGGUAAAAGUGGUGGGCAGGUUCGGGAUGAGUAUCGUACUGAUUAUGAUCCAGGUAGAGGUGGUUACGGGAAAUUAGUUCAGAAAGAGUUGGAAGCACAGAGGCAGCUAGUGGAUUAUGGUGCUGGAUCGCUAGGUUCAUUCCCACCUGUUAUCAUGCCUCAGUAUGGUAGACAUGGUGGAAAUCAGGAUUAUGGGGGCUCUCGUCGACAUGGCAGAGAUUACCAUCGCAAGCGAUACAGAGAUGAUGACCAUCGUGGAUCAGACUUCUCAAAGAGGAAUUCAGACUAUGAAUCACGAAGAACCUCAGAUCACGAUUCCAGACCGGAGAAAAAUCCACGAUUUCGCGAGCGUGGUGAUUCUGAUGACGAGGAAGACGAUGAUCGUAAGCUGCGUCCUUAG